AACAUUUUGUCCGGCCAGUCAGUCCGUCAGGUGCCCUGAAAGUGAAUUGAGCUGACCUUAAAUCUUGUGACGACGCGUUUCACUUGAGAUUAGGCCUAUUCGGAAUUUUGAAAAGCCUGUUUGUGAGUUACUUCUAAGUUUUUGUCUCAGCAUUGUUUGAGGUACAAUUUGACAGCAUGACAUCCCAACUCGUGCAGUCAUACAUUGACAAGGAAAAUACUACCAGCCAUGGGACAACUAAUGGCAAGGCUCGCUUUGGCUCAGUGGCUGGACGACAAGGAAUACCUGGAAAGACAUUCAGUGUAGGGUCAUCUGCCAUUGCCACUCCUCGUCGAGCCCUCGGGAACCUUAGCAAUGAUGCCACACGCCUAGCUAGUGGCCUCGGCAACAGUCAGAAGAAGCCCAUCAAGUCAGUUGGCGGGAGCGGGGUCUUCAGGAAACCACUGGGCUCACUGUCAAAGACCCCAGGACUGUCAAUGAAAAAUCCCAGCUCGGCAACACCAUCCAGUCAGAUGUUGGCAUCCAAACACAAGAUAAAGCCGCAGGUGAUGGCAGUGUCAUCUAAUCUUGUCAGACCCACAGACAGCUAUCCUGAAAUAGAAACAAUGCACAUUUACCAAGAUAAAGAGCCAGAAUUUGAGUCAUUACCUCCAGAGGACUGUCUGAGUGUGUACUUAGACAGACUGUCCUCCCUCCGGGUACCCCCAAUGCCACACCCACAGACAAAGGCACCUCAAGGGUGCCCUACCGACUUCUCACACCUGCAGCUGGAGGCCAAUGACAGGUUUUUGGAAAGUGGCUCCACAGAUACACCAGUGAGUUGCUUUGAUGUGGACACCCCACUGAGCCUUGACUCCUGCAUAGACUUGCCACCUUUAGACUCUGUAGACUUCAUGGACAUCAACAACAUUCUACUCUGGGAUCAGCAGGGAACUGACUGAACAUUUCCAGGUAUUCCAGUGUAUGGGGAGGGUGGUGUAAAAAACCCAGCUGAGCUAACUUUUACAUGUAAUAGCUUUUUUUUGGGGGGGGUCUGUAACAUAGUGCACAAAGUGUUUAUAAAGGUGGCUAAACUGCAGUUAAAAUCCAGUCAAUCGCAAGUCACAGCACAAGGACGAUUCAGGAGUUCAGUAAUGCCAAAGGACUGAACAGGGUGCCUGACUAGUUCAUUAUUUGCCUCAAGACCUGAGGACUAGGGAUUGACUUGGGAUGACCAGAUUUCAGCUCUGUCAAACUGUCUCCAAGUCUUGCUUCAAGGUACUAGCCCUAAAUAUGUUGCAUAUUGAAAAGAAAUAUGGCCAUCGCAAGUAUUUAUCUGAGAAGCUCAUCCUAAUGGUCGAGGGAUUUAGGCAUUCUUUUUUUUUUGAAGCCAUGUGUGUAGAGAGAUUUAUUUGUGUGUGUGUCCUUCGUAAUGUUACAUUAAUCUUUAGGUUAUCAGUUAAGUUGAAUGUAUUAAAGAGCCAUUCUAAGGAAAACAUGUUUUCUCUGAUUGUAUUUGUUCAAAUAAAUAUGGAAGCAUUCAAAUCGA